AUGUCGGCUCCCAAUGUUCUCAUUUUCGGCGGUUUGAACACCUGCUCACGGGCUCUUGUCAGUCUGCUUGCGCCUCUCGAGGGCGAGCCGCUUGUCUCUAGCGUCCGCAUCGUCGACCGCUUCUCUGUUGAGCCACCCACGACCUACAUUGGCGCGGAGUUUCCAAAGAUCCUCAAGCAGUCGAAGAUCGUCGAGUACAGGCAAGCAAACCUGACGGUGGCUGCGACCAUCGCCCAAAUGUUUGAUCCCCCGGAGGGACAGGCGCCUUACGAUUAUGUCUUUGACUUUACUGGGGAGGUUCAGUUCGAUCGCAGCGAGAUGAUCCAAAUCGACAGGACGUGCAACGUCGCAUGGUUGCUAGGUCUCGAGGCGGCCAAGCGGAAGGUCAAGGCAUACUGCCGUCUCUCUCUGCCUUUCUACGAAACCUCCACAAAAGGUUCGCAUGAUGAGAAGGAGGAUAUCAAGCCUUUUGGUGUCUGCGGAACUUGGUGGCAUGAGGCGUUGCGAAUGCUAGCUGACAUCGAAGACCUUAAUCUCGUAAUUUUACGGAGUGGUUUUCUCUAUGGACCCUACACAAACUGGGGCAUCAUCACGUCUGCUAUCACGGUCUCAUCGGUCUACGGCUAUAUGAAGAAACCGAUGCGUUCGAUGUGGUCACCGGGCAAAAACCCAAACAAUACGAUCCACACAGACGAUGUCGCUGGCGCAAUGUGGGCUUGCGCCGAGUGGAUGGCCCCUUUGGGUCGCAAGGAGGCAGACAGCCUUGCGGGUGAGAUCAUCAUCUUCCACAACGACAAGAGCAAGGUAGGCGAAGUCAAGGGCAUGCCUGAAGCGAACAAGAAGCUUGUCGCUCCCUUGUUCAACCUCGUCGACAACUCGAACAGCACGCUGUUCAGCGUCGGGCAGACCGUCACGUCGUUUUUCGGCACAACCUUUGAGUUUUUUAAUUUCGUGGAAAAUACUGUCCUUAAUCUGAAAUCUGACGCUGUUGAAGACAUCAACGAGCACCACGUCUCUGCGUGGACCGAGAUGAUCACAACCUCAAACCCACCGAUCCCCAACACUCCCUUGUCCGCAUAUAUGGACAAGUAUGCAUUGGAUAAGCAUGUCGUUGCAUUCAGCAACCAAAAACUCCUUGAAGUGACUGGAUUGGGGGGCCACGGCUUUGUAAUCUACGCGUCUGUGAUUGGUUUAUAUCGUGUCCCUUCCGCCCAUGUACCUUGUGUCCGAUCUACUCGACGCCAGCUAGACAGCAUGGACCCCAAUGCCGAAGACUACGAACUAUUACUCCCUGAACAAACCCAGAAUGGACUACCCAAGAGAGUUGAAGCACAGUUACCCAGAGAGGGCCGCAAAGGCGAUGGUACUGCGCUCUACAUUGCUUUCUUCGGGAUUGGCCUCUUUGCAACCGUAAGCUGGGUCAUCACCUUGGUCAACGACCCUCUCGCUGUCGGCAUUUUCGCGCUCCACCCGUUGUUGCAGUCGCUCUCGCUGGUGCUUCUUGUCUAUGGAAUACUUACCUUGCAACCGACCUCGCAGCCCAAGACCAAGGCAGCGGGCCUUGCGCGCCAUCAAUACGCGAUCAUCCUCGUCGCGCUCCCCGCAAUCGUGAUUGGAACAUCUGCAGUUUGGUGGAACAAGGAGCGCCGGGGGGCCGACCACUUCAAGAGCUGGCACGGAAAAUUCGGGCUUGCGACUUUCACGUGGAUCUUCGUCCAGGUUUUGCUCGGUGGCGGCAGCGUGUGGUUUGGCGGUGCAGCAUUUGGCGGCGGGUCAAAGGCCAAGGCCGUCUGGAAAUACCACCGCCUUUCGGGCUACGUGCUCUUCGUGCUGUUGAUGGUCACUGCCCAUCUAGGCGGUUUUUGGUCUGGCUGGGGGCACAAGUACAGCCCAUUGAGCAUGCGCAUUCUAGCAUAUGCCAUUGGUCCCCUGGCUUGUGUUAUUGGCUUAUAUAUCCGAGUGCGGCCUUCAAAGAUGAAGUUCAUUUAG